AUUGCCCGGUUCGAGUGGGAGAUACCUUAUAUCGAACAAGAAACGAGAGCAUAUCGACUGCUCGAGGGUACCGGACUAGCCCCGCGGUUCCUCGCUCACAUCCAUGAGAAUGGGCGCGUGAUGGGUCUUCUGCUGGAGAAGCUGGAUGGACGCUUUGCUUCCAUUGAGGAUCUGAACGACUGCGAGGCCGCUUUGAAGAAGCUUCACGCGCUAGGACUCGUACACGGGGAUGCGAACCGAUACAACUUUCUUAUUAUGGAAGAAGGUGUGAAGCUACUCGAUUUUCAUUCCUUGCAAGAAAAUGCCAGCCCUGAGUCAAUGAGCAAGGAGCUGGAAUCGUUGUCUACGCAACUGGUCGAUGAGUCAGUUCUUGGUCGCGGUUUCCGGCCAGUGGUCGAUGGCAUCUGA